GGCGGGGGGUGAUCUGUCCGUGGCAGUACGAGCGGGUUUAACGCUAGUCAGAGGGGGCAACGCCAGGUACAGGGUGGGAAAAUAAGAAAUAGGGAGGGAGUAAUUGGGAGAGGAUGAGAGAGAGAAAGGAUGGGAGGGAGGAUGCUGCUCCCGUCGCCGCUGCCAGCCGAAAAUGGCUGCUACAUCCUCAAGUCUGUCCUGACACACCGAAAGGACAUAAAGAUGGAGAGAGCGAAGAUAAAAAAUUGACAGUCAGAUAGUGGCAACAGAGAAGGGACGGGCUGCGUGCGUGUGUGUGUGUGUGAAUGUGUGUCUGAACAUGUCUGUCCUGGGAGCGAGGGAGUGAAUAAAAGGACCGGAGACCGGAGGGCAGCGAGCUCGAGGCGGCGGGCGACACCAAGCUAUGGAGCGCGAUGUGGUGCGAGUUCGUGCAGUGGUGAUGACACGCGAUGACUCCAGUGGCGGUUGGGUGCCCCUGGGGGGCGGUGGCCUCAGUCACGUGGUCAUCUGUAAGGGACAGAGCCCAGAGGCCAAGGGCCACACCAAAUACUUCGUCCGCGGAGAAAGGCUGCGGGACCGAGCGCCAGUGCUAGAUUGCGCGGUGCAGAGGGGGCUGGUGUACAACAAAGUGAACCCGAUUUUCCAUCACUGGCGUGUGGAGGAGAGGAAGUUUGGCCUGACUUUUCAGAGCCCGGCUGAUGCCGUCUCCUUCGAGAGGGGACUCCGCAGUGUCAUUGACUGGAUGGACAGAGGGGCGACCUCUCCUGUCCUUUGCGCCCCAGAGGAGGGAGACCCUGGCGAUGAGUCCAAGCCUUCUCGCACGGACAGCGAAUCGUCCUUCAACAGCAGGAAAGAAACGUUACCCAAACCCAUCACCAUAGUGACCAGUGAGUCCUCCUCCACUUCCUUUGUGCACCCUCCAGCUUCAGAGGAUUUGAGCUAUAGGAUGAAGCACACUGUCACCGCUCAGACCCCAGCCAUGGUUCAUGUUAUGCCGCUGCAGCACCAGCCCUCAUCAAUCGAUGCUUCAGGAAACCCAGCGGCAACGCCGCCGCCGGCCACACCCUCUCCACCGACGCCGGCCACACGCUCUCCACUGACGCCAACCAUGCUGCCAGCUGCCUCAUCGCCUCUCUCAGCUCCUCCCCUUCCACUUUUGGACCAUGGCGACCUGAAGGAUCUGUGGGGCACGCGUGGGUAUGAGGAUUACAGACGGGCGGAGAUGAGAAGGACCGCGGGUGAAGGAGGCCUGCAGGAUAAGUCAGAGCUGUGUGCAGUGCAUUUCGAGAAGGAUCAGGCCAGGGUGGGGGUCGGGGGAGCAGAGGUGGCCGUGAUGCUGGACAGCAAAUUGCCACAGCGGCUCUCAGCUGGAUCACCAACCAGCAUAUCUGCACCCAAUGCCGUGACGAGCCCUGGGGAGAGCGCAGGGUCCCCACUGCGUGCCGGACUGAGCUCCCCGUUGCCAUGCUGCAUUCACACGUCCAUUGCUAAGCCUCGGUCACGCAGCUGGAAGAGAGGGGCUGGGGCCAGAGGAGCGGCCUGCACCAAGGACUGCGGCCUCAGCCUGGGACUUUUUGGCCUCUCUUCCACAGAUGGUGCCACCCGGCCCACGGAUGACACUGCCAGUCCACCCGCUGCAUUAUCGUCCCCCACCUCCCGCUGCAUCUACUGCCGUUCCGUCUUCAGCACCUCAGACAAUGGGCGCGGGCGCUGCCAGGAUGCCCCUGAUCCAGCCCUGCGCUGUCUGCGGCAGUGGACCUGUGUGUGGUGCGCCGAGAGCCUGCUCUACCAUUGUACCUCGGACCCGGAGGGCGAGUUCUGGGAGCCGUGCUCGUGUGAGGAGCUGCCGGGCGAGUGGCCACACGCGGCUUGCUGCGCACGCUGGGUGGCGCUGCUGGCCCUGUCGCUUCUCGUGCCCUGCAUGUGCUGCUAUCUGCCUCUGUGUGCCUGCCUGCGCUGCGGCGAGCAGUGCGGCUGCUGUGGCGGGAAGCACAAGGCGGUGCGGUGAUCCUGGGGGAGGGGAGGGCGUGGAACUGAGGGAAGCUGGUGGGCAAAGGACACAAUCCCCUCCCUGAAACCUGUCGCCCCCUCGGUGCGCCAUGGCUUCAGCAAGCUGCCGUGCACCUUCUCAUAUAGCCUCACGCCCUUAGUCUGUCCCAUGGCAUUCUGUGCUAAUGGUGACGCUGCGUGAAGCAAACUCUUCCUCGGUACUGCAGUCUUUCCAAAUCCGGUCCUUGGGGACCCCCAGACAGUCCUGGGAGGGAGCAAAAAUGUGGAGUGUCUGGCAGGGUUCAGGGAGGGAACAAAAACGUGGACUGUCUAGUAGGGAGCUGAGUGGGAGCAAAAAUGUGGACUGCUGGGGCAGUUCCAGGGGACCGGAGUGGGAACUGGGAGGGAUCAAAAAUGUGGACCGUCUGGGGAUCCCUGAGGACCGGGAUGCAAACACUGCUCUACUGUAACACACAUCCUUGGUGUAAGCAACGCAAGAGAUGCAGCCUUGGCUAUUUUUAUAAGUGCGUGAUGCUGUUUGAAAAGCAAAGUGUCGUCCACUGGACAGAGGUUACUGUGGGGAUGGGUGUGUGUGUUCAUCGUGUGGGAAGAUACAAAAUGCUUUUAUUGUUUUUCUAUAGUAAUAUAUAAUUUAUUUUGAUUUGAAGGUAUCAUAGUAUUAUAUUAAAUUAUGUAUUAUAUCAAAUUAAUGAUUAUAUUUUAUUAUUUAUAGACAAUGCAUAAUGAUUUUUUCAUGCACCUAAACUUGACACUAGCAAAGAAGAGUGUCUGUGCACACUGACCAGCCAAUAGGGGCGCAGCUGAAGAAUGUAAACCAUGACUGAAAGGGUUCAGCUUUGUUAAACAGGAAACAAAACCUGCAGUGGUAGAACUGUUCGGCACCUUGACCAAGGCACCAGUUUAGUUGGUGAAGCCAGGAGGGUGACGUGUAUGACAGAGCUCCAGAGCUCCUGACAGGUGAUUCCAAGGGGGUAGGAGUCAAGGCAGGAACAUUACUCAUAGUUAAGAUCCCUGCUGGGUUUACUUACAUUAUAUCACUGAAUCACUUCUUGCCAUUACUCAUAAACUCUAAAUGAUGCCAAAAAUGGAUUAUAAAACACGCCGUGUAUUACCAAGCCUGACGACUCAUUCCUCACUUGAAAUCCAGGUCCCUACCAGCCCAGAAGCUACAUUCUUUAACAGCUAGAUGAUAACAAGUAACUUAAAGAUCUUUUUUUUUUUGUCUUUGCCAGGUAAGACCACUGGCAUGGAUUUGACCGAAGGAGACCUAGUAAUGUGAGAAGUCAACCAAAAAAAAAACAUGGUGAUGAUGUAUAGACUGAAUGCUUUUAUAGAUAAUAGGUAUUAUGAGAUACACUUGUGACUGUAAAGGGAAAAUGAUGAGGAAAUAGCACUGAUAAUUGAUGUCUGGCACAGUGCCUUUGUAUAACUGUGAAAUGUUUUCCGUUUUUUAGGAUUAUAUUCAAAGCAAAACUGCAGACUAAUUUCCAUUCUAUUACAGAUCUUAUUUCAUAUCUUAUUAUUUCUUAUCAUAUCUGAUGAUUAAUAACUGAUGGUAUAUCACCAUCGUCUGUUAUUAAUGCGUUUACUCCUGAUGAUGAAAAAAAGUUUUAAGAGGAGAAGAGGAAGUAACCUUGUUAUAGAGAAUGUCAUUUAGGUAGCAGAUCAUAAAGUAAAGAAAGGUCCAUAUAAUCCUGUCUAAUAUAAAGCAGAGGUGUCCAUGUACGGCUGAGCACAUGACUUUUUAAAUGAGAACAUGUAUGUUUCCAAGAAUAUCUGAUGUAUAUAUGGCUAAAUUCUUAUGCUGAAAUGAUCUGUUCACCUCCAUCCAUUUUUGUUCUUUCAUCCUUGUCCAAGAAAAAAAUCAGAUCUACUUGCCGUCCCUUAGAAUAAAGUACAAAUAAUAUACAUUACACUCAAAUAAAUGCAUCAUAAGAGAUAUAAUAUUCAAAAUGUGUAUACAUAGGUAUACAAAGAGACAUAUUUAAAGGUUGCACAAAGGAGAAGUUGAAAAUAGAUCUGUCUUUGAAAGUUCUCUCCUUAUAUCUUUAUGACUGUGCCUUUUGUUUAUGUAUUAAUCUAUUUUUAUUUGUAACUGCAGAUAUGUACUACUUUUAAAGGUAAUAUUUUCCCCAGUUUGUUUAUUUUUAAUAUAUAUCUAAUUAUCAGUUUUUUAAUCCAAACAUAUUCUACAUGUUUUAGUUGUUCACAAUGUGUUUUAUUAAAAAUAGCUUUUUUUUGAGUGCUCUUCAGAUUUUAUGACCUGCCUGUGUGCUGCUUUGAGUCAUUAUACAUUGUGGGUUUGUAUCAUUGAUUAAACCCUAAGACUAUAUUUUAAUGAGCAGUUUGUAUAUUUAUGAAUAGAGGGAGGGGUUUCACCUGUAUGUCUGUAGCACUGUCGAUGAUGUCACAUGUGUGAGCUGUGCAUCACUGUAUUUAAGACUCUUAUUUUAUGAAUGUAUUAAUAUUUGUAAAAACCAACUAAGGUGUCCUUAAUCUCAAAGUGUCCAAAUGCACUGAUAGGAUAGCUGUAUGUGGAAUCCAGAUAUUCAGCUGAGUUUGUAUUUAAAGUGCAUUGUGAAAUGUUAAUCCAUUAGUCAAUUAAUUAAUCAAUCAAUCAAAACAUUGAUAAAACUAAAUUUCUUUCUUGCUAAAAAAUGCCAAGAGAAACAGCUGGUUAAAAAGCGUCAUGUAGGCGUGUGAUCAUGUAUUUCAGAUCUCGUCAGAUUUGUGAUUUGCUGUUGUGGGAAUCCAAGUUAAAAAUUGUAGAAAUCGGCCUUAUUGACUGGCCUGUCAUUUGAGCAGUUUCAAUUUGUCUCAGUUAAUUACACACAAAGUAAUCACUUCUAAGAAGACUGUGAACAUCACCCAUGUUAGACUGUGGAGGGCAAAUGCCAGAUGUUGAAUGUUUUUAUGCUUCUCAUUU